GAACAAUUUCACUUUUCCCCCCUUCAGUUAGUUUAGCAACUCCAAAUCUCUAGCCAUGAAAAUUGUAUCUGUUUGACAAAAAAAAUAAAAAUAAAAAUAAAAACACCAGCAUAAGAACACCAGUUCACAGGUUUAACCCAGACCCAACCACAGAAAUACACACAGAGCAAAUCCAGCUCUAGAUAAUCCCAGCACACACUCCAAAUGGGCGCCCAGUUGGCCGGCGAAUCGCGUGCCGAGGGGUCCGGGAUCAAGGACGAGCGGGCGGAGGGCGGCGCAGGACCAGAAACAGGACGACAGCCACCGCAAGUGCAGGAAACAACGACCAAGAGGGCGGAAAGGUCGGAGAAGACGGGGCAGCCGAGGCAGGAACAGGAUGGACCACCUAACCAGAAAGAGGAGUAUCCACAGUCGAAACGGGAGUAUCCACAACCGGAACAGGAGUAUCCACAGUCGAAACGGGAGUAUCCACAGCCGGAACAGGAGUAUCCACAGCCGGAACAGGAGUAUCCACAGCCAAUGCCCGUUUCCAGACGCCACCUGAGAUCGCGCAGCAUCAUCACAGAUAUCCAAAGGAUGCCAACGGAGGCCAUCUACGCAGAGUUCGAUCGCCUCAUCCAGCAGGUGGAGGGCCACUUGGGUCAGGUGGCGGUGGAUCCGCCGUGCAUGGAUGUGGCUGCCCGGCUGCAGAGCUGCCUCCAAGCGCACCGCCAGCGUACGUGCAACUGCUUUGCGGCCAUGGAGGAGUACCGCCACUGUGUGGUGCGUGCCACCCAGAAUCGCGUGGACGACAUGGCGGACAUGGAGCCGCCAAUGUUGCCGGUGGUGCCGCCCCAGGUGAUGCCACCACCCGCUGUGCCGCCGCCAAAUGCGCGUGGUAACCGCAGGUGGUGGAAGUUUUGGACCUGGUUCCGCUAACCGUAUGGAUGCAGUGCUCUCGAGUCGCCAAAAACACAAUGCUAGAGAAAUGGCUUUAUUAAUUAAAAGCAUAUGACUUGAAUCCAUUUAGCUGGUUGCUCCGGCUGCAGAUGUGGCCAAAAGUAUAUCUACUUUCAGUGGUUCAAAUGCAGUCACAGUGGCUGCUCGCAUCACGGCAUCAGCUUAUAGUUCAAGUUGUUAGGUAUUUUGUAUGUUCUGUGUAAAAUAUAUUAUUUACAUAAA